AAUAAAAUGGCAAGAACCAAGCAAACCGCUCGUAAAUCUACUGGAGGCAAAGCCCCUAGAAAGCAGCUGGCCACCAAGGCUGCCCGUAAGAGCGCCCCGGCCACCGGCGGUGUCAAGAAGCCUCACCGUUACAGGCCCGGUACCGUGGCUCUUCGUGAGAUCCGUCGUUACCAGAAAUCCACGGAGCUGCUCAUCCGCAAGCUGCCCUUCCAGCGCCUGGUCCGUGAAAUCGCUCAGGAUUUCAAGACCGACCUGCGCUUCCAGAGCUCCGCUGUCAUGGCUCUGCAGGAGGCCAGUGAGGCUUACCUGGUCGGUCUGUUUGAGGACACCAACCUGUGCGCCAUCCACGCCAAGAGAGUCACCAUCAUGCCCAAAGACAUCCAGCUGGCUCGCCGCAUCCGGGGAGAAAGAGCUUAAACUACUGCUGUUCCACUCACCAUAAUAACGGCUCUUUUAAGAGCCACCUCACUCUGCACUAAAGAACAAAGUCCUAUAGUACUG